AUGGAGCCCGCCGCUGGUGAAUUGCAGCUCGUGCCCAGGUCAACAAAAGAAGUCCCUGCGCCCGACGCUGCGUGCUGCCGAGUGGCGCUCUCUGCUGCGGUGGCCGCCAGCAUCGCCAUCCUCACCCUGGCAGUCCUCGUGGCCUCCCUCUCUACACAGGGUGUCGAUGUGGAGCACACGGCCGAGCUGCAAGGGAUCCGGUACGCCCGCAGCCUGCAGCAGGAGGCCUCCGACUACUACCGCACGCUGACGCCCACCCUGGAAAUGCUGUUUGUCAGCAGCUUUAGGAAGACAGAGCUGGAGGCCAGCUGCGUGGGCUGCACGGUGCUGAGCUACAGGGACGGGAACUCCAGUGUCCUUGUGCGUUUCCGGCUGCACUUCCUGCUGCUAGCCCUGCGCUCGCUGGACCGGGGCCUGGAGCAGGAGCUGCUGCAGCAGGGACUCCGGGCGAGGCUGCAGGGCCACGGCAUCCCCCUGGCUGCCCACGGCACCAUCGUGUCCGCCGAGCUCACAGGCAACCAGAAGGGGCCAUUGGCAGACAGAGACUUGAAAUCAGGACACUGUCCGGGGAAUGCCUUCUCCUGCGGGAACAGCCAGUGUGUGACCAAAGUGAACCCCGAGUGUGAUGACAGCGCGGACUGCUCCGAUGGAUCCGACGAGGCCCACUGUGACUGCGGUUUGCAGCCGGGCUGGAGGACCGCCGGCAGGAUUGUGGGCGGCGUGGAAGCGUCCCCGGGGGAGUUCCCUUGGCAAGUCAGCCUCCGAGAGAACAACGAGCACUUCUGCGGGGCCACGGUCAUCGGGGCCCGGUGGCUGGUGUCCGCUGCCCACUGCUUCAACGAGUUCCAGGAUCCCACCGAGUGGGUGGCCUACGCUGGCACCACCCAGCUCAGCGGCUCCGAGGCCAGCACGGUGCGGGCCCGCGUGGCCCAGAUCAUCACGCACCCCUCCUACAACCCCGACACCGCCGACUUCGACGUGGCGGUGCUGCGGCUGGGCAGCCCCCUGCCCUUCAGCCGGCACGUCCAGCCCGUGUGCCUGCCGGCGGCCUCGCACGUCUUCCCGCCCAGGAGGAAGUGUCUCAUCUCCGGCUGGGGCUACCUCAGGGAGGACUUCCUGAUCAAGCCGGAGAUGCUGCAGAAAGCCACCGUGGAGCUGCUGGACCAGGCCCUGUGUGCCAGCCUGUACGGCAACUCACUCACCGACCGGAUGGUGUGCGCCGGCUACCUGGAUGGCAAGGUGGAUUCUUGCCAGGGCGACUCAGGAGGCCCCCUGGUCUGUGAGGAGCCCUCUGGCAGGUUCUUCCUGGCCGGCAUCGUGAGCUGGGGCAUCGGCUGUGCGGAAGCCGGGCGUCCAGGGGUCUAUGCCCGAGUGACCCGGCUGCGAGACUGGAUCCUGGGGGCGAUCGCCAUGGCGAGCAAGCCUCUGGCUCCCACGGAGGCUCCUGCCCCCGCCACCCCCAGCGCUGUCUGGUCCAGCAGCCCCAAGAGCCCGGUGGUCAACACCCCCACCAAACCCCCAGCGGCCCCCAGCUCUGCACCUCUUGACUCAGUGACGGCCUCUAAGCCACAAGAGUGCGGUGCCAGACCGGCCAUGGAGAAGCCCACCCGGAUUGUGGGCGGGUCCGGAGCCACCGCGGGGGAGGUGCCCUGGCAGGUCAGCCUGAAGGAAGGUUCCAGGCACUUCUGCGGAGCAACUGUGGUGGGAGACCGCUGGCUGCUGUCGGCAGCCCACUGCUUCAACCACACGAAGGCGGAGCUGGUGCAGGCCCACCUGGGUACUGUGUCUCUCACGGGCAUCGGCGGGAGCCCGGUGAAGAUGGGGCUCAAAAGGACGGUGCUGCACCCCCAGUACAACCCCAGCAUCCUGGACUUCGACGUGGCCAUCCUGGAGCUGUCAGGGCCCCUGGUCUUCAACAAAUACAUCCAGCCCGUCUGCCUGCCCCUGGCCAUCCAGAAGUUCCCCGUGGGCCGCAAGUGCGUGAUCUCAGGAUGGGGGAACACGCAGGAGGGAAAUGCAACUAAGCCAGACACUCUGCAGCGAGCGUCCGUGGGCAUCAUAGACCAGAAGGCGUGCAGUGCCCUCUACAACUUCUCGCUCACGGACAGGAUGCUCUGUGCCGGCUUCCUGGAGGGCAAGGUGGACUCCUGCCAGGGUGACUCUGGGGGCCCCCUGGCCUGUGAGGAGACCCCUGGUGUGUUCUAUCUGGCGGGGAUCGUCAGCUGGGGGAUUGGCUGUGCUCAGGCUAAGAAACCCGGCGUGUAUGCUCGCAUCACCAGUCUGAAGGGCUGGAUCCUGGAUAUCAUGUCCUCCUCCCCCCUGCCCACCCCUGCCCCCUCCACCACAAGGACGCCUGCCACCACCACGCAGGUCCCCAGGACAGUGGCUGCCCUCACAGUCCUGGGGGCCACAGCCAGCACACCCGCCCUCCGGGCCACCAGCAGGGCAGCCGGCCAACCUGCCAACAGCACCGCCAGUGCUGCGAGCACCACUGCCAGGGGGCAGACACCACUUCCAAACGCCUCGCGGACCACCAGGGACACCCAGCCACCAGGUACUGGGAGGAAAGGGGUGGCGCGUGUUGGUGGCAGGGGUCCGGCGUCGGACUCCAGUCAUACUGGAUUAGGACCCACCCCAAUGGCCUCCCUGUACCUUAACCACUUCUUUACAGGCCCCAUCUCCCCACAGCCACAUCCUGGAGGUCAGAGCUUUAACUAUGGCUUUUGUGGGGACACAAGUCUGCCCAUCAUCGCCCUGACAGCCAGGGACAUGGGCAUGGAUUGGGCAGAAAUGGGUAAUGUGAUGUCACCUCAUUGCUGUGGGUGCAUUUCAGGCAAGGCCCCCCUCACUGUCCCAGGAGGGAUGACUCAUCCCCAUAUCCAUGAGCAACCCAGGGCCCAGAGGCCGAGUGCCCUGCCAAAGGUCCCUGACCACCCCACUGGGGCACAGGCAAGGACAAGGCCACAGCCCUACGGGGCAGAGUCCAGAGGAGCCACAGGCGGGGGUAACCGGGGUGCGGGGAUCCAGAACACCUGUCCCCACGCACCCUACAGCUAUGGGGAUCCCAAGCAGUGGGUGGCCUUUCUGGGCACACCGUUCCUAAGUGGCGCUGAGGGGCAGCUGGAGCGCGUGGCACGCAUCUACAAGCACCCCUUCUACAACCUCUACACGCUCGACUAUGACGUGGCGCUGCUGGAGUUGGCUGGGCCUGUGCACCGAAGCCGCCUGGUUCGGCCCAUCUGCCUGCCGGAGCCUGCACCCCGGCCCCCCAAUGGGGCACGCUGUGUAAUCACCGGCUGGGGCUCCGUGCGAGAGGGAGGCUCCAUGGCACGGCAACUGCAGAAGGCGGCUGUGCGCCUCCUCAGCGAGCAGGCCUGCCGCCGCUACUACCCCGUGCAGAUCAGCAGCCGCAUGCUGUGUGCCGGCUUCCCGCAGGGUGGCGUGGACAGCUGUUCGGGUGAUGCUGGGGGACCUCUGGCCUGCAGGGAACCCUCUGGCCAGUGGGUGCUAACUGGGGUCACCAGCUGGGGCUAUGGCUGCGGGCGACCUCACUUCCCAGGUGUCUAUACCCGGGUGGCUGCUGUGAGAGGCUGGAUCACACAGAACAUCCAGGAGUGACCACCCCAUGGCUGUCCAGGCCUGGGAGGACAAGGCAGUAGGAACCAACCAGCCACCGGUCCGAGAAGGGGAGUCCAGUCCAGACGGUGGGCGGGGAGUGCUGCGGGCAGUGGGAGUACAGUUUUACUGUGUCUUUUGUUCCAAUAAAAAGCCCCUUGUCCCUAA